CGCGAGAUGCGGCGCGACAUCGCUUCCCGCUCGUAAGAUGGCGGCGCCCGCUGAGGGCCGGUUCCGCACCCGCGACGUGCUGCUGCCCGGCGGCCCGCCUGAUUUCGGCUCGCUGCUGCUGUCGCCGCCGGUGCUGGCGGGACUGGAGGCGGCUGGGUUCCACAGGCCGUCUCCCGUCCAGCUGAAGGCCAUCCCGCUGGGGCGCUGCGGGCUGGAUCUCAUCGUGCAGGCAAAGUCCGGAACCGGUAAAACGUGCGUUUUCUCCACCAUCGCCUUGGACGCACUGUUGCUUGACAGCACGGUCACUCAGGUUCUUAUCUUGGCUCCCACACGAGAGAUCGCUGUGCAGAUUCAUGCUGUUAUCACAACAAUUGGGAUAAAGAUGGAAGGUUUGGAAUGCCAUGUCUUCAUUGGAGGGACUCCUUUGAGCCAGGACAAAGUCAGACUGAAGAAAUGCCACAUAGCAGUUGGCUCUCCAGGUCGAAUAAAACAGCUCAUAGAGUUGGACUACUUGAACACGGCCAGUAUUCGGCUCUUCAUUCUUGAUGAAGCAGACAAGCUUCUGGAAGAAGGCAGCUUUCAGGAGCAAAUCAAUUGGAUUUACUCUUCGCUGCCAGCCAAUAAACAGAUGCUUGCUGUUUCAGCUACUUACCCUGAGUCAUUAGCUAAUGCAUUGACAAUGUACAUGAGAGAGCCAACGUUUGUGAGGCUGAAUCCCACUGACCCAAGUCUCAUUGGGUUGAAGCAGUAUUACAAAAUUGUGAAUUCCCAUCCACUUCCACAUAAAACAUUUGAGGAAAAAACCCAGCACCUGCAAGAGUUGUUCAGCAAGAUUCCAUUUAAUCAAGCAUUAGUCUUCUCAAAUUUGCAUAGCAGGGCUCAACAUCUAGCUGAAAUACUAACAUCCAGAGGCUUUCCUGCUGAGUGCAUUUCAGGCAGCAUGAAUCAAAGCCAGCGGCUCGAUGCUAUGGCUAAACUAAAGCAAUUCCAUUGUAGAGUUCUCAUUUCCACAGACUUGACAUCUCGUGGAAUCGAUGCUGAAAAAGUGAACCUGGUCAUCAAUCUGGAUGUCCCAGUAGAUUGGGAAACGUACAUGCAUCGUAUCGGCAGAGCCGGGCGCUUUGGAACUUUAGGCUUAUCUGUGACGUACUGCUGCCGUGGAGAGGAGGAAAACAUGAUGAUGAAAAUUGCUCAGAAAUGUAACCUACGGCUUCUUCCUUUACCUGAGCCUAUUCCUCCUGGAAUGAUGGAUCAGUUUGAAGAUGGGGAGGUUGAAGUCAAACCUGUUGUAUACACAGGUGCUUCAGUAAAUUCUGACACUGUGUGUCUUAAACCAGAAGAACCAGUACUUCAGCCUGUCCAAAAUAAUUCUGCGGAGGUACCUCAGCCUCAUUCUAAUCUUCAGGUUGGUAAUUCUUCUGUAGAGAAGCCAAAAAAUGCUUUGGAACCAAAGCAGGUGAAAAAGUACACAAAUUCUGCCAAGGUGGAAAAAAGCAGCAGAAACUCCAAAACCUCCAGCUGCAAUAGAAAGCAAAAGAGUCAAGUAGAAACUGUCUCCAGAACGGCUGAGCCGAAUAGCACAGAGGUUCCAGAUGAGGAAGCCUUAAAGAGAAAUCUGCCCAAAAUUCCAUGCUUAUCAUCUUUCAAAAACCAACAGAACAAUCCUUGGAACUUUUCAGAGCUUGUUGAAGACUAUGAAUACUUCAUUAAAGAAGGGUUGGAGAGAGAUGUUGAAAUUUUAAGAAGCUAUUCAGGCCCAGGAGAUCAAUGUGAACUCCCCAGAAAUGGUGGUAUAGAGUGGAAAGAGGUGGAACAUAACAGGGACAUGGUAGCAAACGACGUUCUGUCUGAUGACAGUGAUGCUUCAUGCAGUUCAAGGGCUUCCUCUCACAGUAGUGGAAGUAACUCAUGCUUUGAAGCAUUUUCAGACAGGCAGGCUAAAAAUGCUGUCCCCACCACCUGUCAGGGUCUUACAGGCUUUUGUCCCACACCAGGGAAGCUGAAGGAGCAAUCACAAGUCCCAAAGCAAAAUCAGGUGAAAAAGAAAGCUCUGAAACAAAAUGCCAAAGAAAAGAAAAAACAUUCCCAUCAGUACCCUAAUCCUGCCCCAAGAAAGACUGGAGCUGGGUCCUCCUGUGGCUCUUGGGAUGAUGGUGUUCCUGGCUUUCCUCACGAGGCGUGGGGUUAUGAAGACUACUGGAAAUCUUACUAUCAAGCAUGGCAGAACUACUAUGCUGCAGUUUCUCACUUUCACUACAGGAAAAGUUACAGACACUUGAUGUGGAUGAAUGCUUAUGUCAACUCGGUCUACUUUCAGGAACUGCUGGAAAGUGGUGAUUAAUGUACUGACAUUGUUUGAGUGAAGUAAACUGCUGUCUUUUUCACAAGCAGGAUGUGUUUAGGUAAAUGUUUUAUAUGCAUUCCAGCAGUGGUGUUACAAGUUGUUAAUAAAAUGAAAUGGCAGACAACUAAAUGUUCAGUUGCAGUCUUUAAAAUAGUAAGGAAACAAAAGGCAAGUGAGUUGCUUCCAUGUAGGAAACCUCAGUAAGGAGAAAAUGUGGAACAAGCCCAGCUUUCUCUACUUGAUUUUCUUCCCUGUGGCUUUUGGCUGAAGAUGGAUUCACAGUGAAGCUACCAAAGCUGCUUACUGUCAGAGAUCAUCCUCUUGUCUGUAAUUCUUAACCAGAGGGCACUGGUAAUGUACCAGUUGAUAUUGGCAGACUAAAACCUGCAUCUCAAUACCUGUAUUGCUAAUUUAAGUGCAGUUAAUUGGCACUGCUUAAAUAACAUUUCUAGAGCUAGUUAAAUGGCAAGCUGUGCAGUCUGGGAUGGUUUAAUUAUGUGUGAGGUGUGCAGCUCCUAUAACUGGCUUUUCCUCAGGGUGCAGCAGUAUCAGACUUGCCAUGCUUACAGAAAAGCUUUAAUUAGAAAGGAAAUUACUCGUUAGUUCUAAAUCUAAUUUGUAUUUCCUGUUUUGGUUGCCGUUUUUUUUUUAUGUAGCUGUCUGGAAGCAGGACAAGAUGAAAGUAGUGGCUGGCUUAGGCUGCUGACACUGGUCUGACUUCACACUCAUUUUGGAACUUCAUUUUUAGUACGUGUGAGAUCACAGAGCCAGAUCUCUAGCUAGUUCUAUUGAUUUUUGCUAUGUUCAUCAGAGCAGGUGUGUGAUUUGUUGCUUUUUUCUUUUCGUGGUCAGAGUAGCAUUGAUUGGAAUUCCUUCAGUGAAGCUCUAUUUCCUACCUGCUAUGACUUGCACUUCCAAGGAGGACUUUUUCCUGUAUCUGGUGAAAUGAAUGUCUUCAAGGAUACUUGGUUGCUCACCUCUGGCUACUUCCAAAUCAAUUUUGGGAAAUGCAAUACACGUCUGUGAAUAAAUUUUGUUGCUUCUCAGAGUUCUUAAUGUUGCUGCAAUAAUCCUGUGCAAAUCCUGUGGUGUCCCUGGCAGCACUUUGAACCCUUUUGUGUAGUUGUGGAUAUCUACAUUCCAAGCUGUGUAUUAAGGACUGUCAGAAGAUCCUCAGGAUUGCUUUAGCUCAUGAGUGGCAUAGAAGCCAGAGGGUUAAUUAAGAAAGAUUCACCUGUUGUUUCUUUUUUCAGUUGGGGAAAUGAUUCCCCCUUGUGGUGUUGCUUUACUACAGAAGAAAGAAUGUAAAUGCAGCUGCUGCUUGGGUGUUAGUUUACACAGUAUUCAUUUUAAAUAUUAUUUUUUAAAAAUGCCUCUAAGCGAUUCUUUCUAAGAUACUCAAGAUGAGAGCAGUGCUGCUUUUUUUUUUUUCCAGUUGAAACAAACUGUCCCAUCUGAAAUACAGCUUGUUAGCCUGGGCCUAACAGGAGCUCCCAAGACCCGAGUGCUUUUGAAAGGAAAGGCAGAAUGUGUGCUUUUAACUGUUAGCUCAGGAUUAUUUUUGUUCUUUUCCUUCUUCUGCCAUACUCAACUGUACCACAGCAAACUACCACAGCAAGGGGGCUCUCCUGCAUUACAUCUGCAUGAUCUGAGUGUUUUGUUCUCAUUUCCAACAUGAAGAUUGCUGCAUGCCUUAGCAAUCAAAAGGAGGCAGCUGGUAAGGGUUUCCCUUGAUAUGUGCUUUAAUGCUGUCCUACAGCAUCUCUUAUCUCGCUGUUCUUGUCAACUCUUGCUGAAAUAAGAGCUAUUAGUGUUUCAUUGCAGCUCACGUUGCUGAGGUCGUCACCCAGCACUCUCCAAAGAACCUCCCAACAUUCUUUAGAAGAAAUCUACGGCAUCGUCUUGGUAUUUGUGGCACAUACUCUGUUUAAUCCAGAUUGGAUACAUCAGGUACAGCAGUGGCACAAGACUCAAUACUGUAAAUGAUAUACAAGUUUCAACAUAUGCACUACAAUUCCAAAAGAAGACAACAGGAAACUUGGUUCUUCUAGAAAGUUGUUCUCAAAUGAAGCUACCUGCAGUUGUAUACGGUACAUUUUGUAUCUGUCCUCUGAUGUUUGUAAGCAAAGCCCACUUAUAGUACGAAAAUAGAAAAUAAUAAGGUUGAGAGCUUCUCAUAACAUAAAACUCCUAAAGAAAUACUAUUGGAAUGCCUUAUUAAUUUAUCAAAAAUAUACCAUCACCCGCGUUUUGUCAGAUACCUCAUUGGUCCGAGGAGCCUUUGGGAGCUCCCAGUCAUGGCUGUGACAGAACUGAGAAGAACAUGGGAUGAGGUGGUGAACUCCUCACCCAUGCAGCUGUGUAACCUCCUGUGACUAGCACUAGUUCAAACUGAAGCCCAAAAGAAACACGUGCACACAUGUACAUAUGAAGGUAACAGACUAUUGGCUGAGAUCAAAACUCAGGAAGGAAUUGUCACAAGGUCUUUGUCACCUGGUCUGUUGAAUGAUCCACCCAUGAUUUUUCCUGGCACAGUUUUUUUUCCUGCAUUCUGGCAAUAGUAGCAGUACUUUUCUGUGUGCUUUCUCCAGGUUUCUCUCUGGUGUUUUGGAGGCUUUGUGAACUGAGCUUCAUCUAUUUAUUGUCAAAUUGGCAAAGAGAGGUGAGAUGACUUCUUCGAGAUCGCUUAGCGGUUCAUCAAGACAAUGAAGAGUAGAACAUAGGUUCCUGAGGCUAACUCUCCUGGCUGCAAUCAGUAUGCACACUGCAUUGUGUUUGCUUUUAAAGUUUUCAAAGUAUAAAACCUUUGUAAGAGCAUUUAUAGCAUCCAUAAACACGAAGGCUACAAACUCAAGUUAGCUACUGCAGUUGCUUAAUGUCUUGAAGAAAGUCUUUUUCAAAUGGUUAUAAUCUUUAAUUAGGAUAGAUUGGUAAAUUAUGUGGAAGAGGCGUGUUAUUUAUCUAACAUUAAAAGCAGAAUAAAGUCUUGAGUUCAAAGCUGUUGCUGUUUGUAAGCCAUCCAUGACUGCUGACUUUGUAGCUCUGCAGUCAUUUGACAUAAAUAACAUUAAAACAAAGGAGGUUGUAACCCAGAAAUUAAAGCUGGUUUUGAAUGUACCAAGUUCAAAUUGUAACAUAGGUAAGAUACAGCACAUUUAUGACCUCUGCACUAAAAAAAGCCAAAUACUGGGAGAAACUUUGCUUCCCUUAGCUGGUAUUGAUACACAUCUGUCUAAUCUGGAAUGAUAGGUGCUGGUUUGCAGCAUAUUAUCAACUAUUUCAGGUUAAGCAAAUAGCUUUGAUUCAAAUUUACUGUUUCUGGAAGCUGUAAAGAGGGAUGUAAUUCUCUGAGGUUUCUGUUUGAAUUACAUAUUACUUUGUCCCACACUAAAGCCCUGGGUGUUACUUAGUUUACCUUUUUCCCAUUAUGUUUGUGCAAUGAUAAUUACUGACAUAAGAAAGGCAGCUUUCUCACCCUCUGGAAAGGAGAAUAAUUUUAAAAGAUAUGAAAGAGUAUAAUGGUAAUAAAGGAAGGGAGAAUAAGAACUAUGGCUGAACAGCAAGGGAAAAAACUGCCAUUGCAAUGCAUUAGUCUGGAAUAAGCUUUGCAGGAAAGCAGUGGGAGCCCUUUUCAUGGAGAAUUUGAGAUGUGCAGAAAGCAGGGUGAUGUAUUGCAGGGAAGGAUCUUCUGCUAGUGGGGAUUUUAAAGGAAAAAUUGGAUUUUGGAAUGAAUAGAUGGAAGUUAAAGCCCAGAUGGGGAAGGUGCUGCUCAUCGUUCUUUGCCAGUUGGGUGUAUUUCCUCCUAUCAGCAGUGCAGUGCCAGGUGGGGUGAGGGUGAACCUAUAGAAUAUGCUGAAUAUCUGUGGAAAUACUUUUCCCUCAAAAGAUGGUUUUGAAAAGAAGCUAAAUGCUUGGACAAAGGUGUUGCUUCUUUAGUAUUUUUAGUAUUGCUUUACAAAAGACUGGAAAAACAAUCCCCUUCCGCUUGCUUUAUGUGCAAAUGAUUUGUUUUUAUCUUUUUUUUUU